AUGGCUGCUGAGCCCUGGAUGGCUGCCUGCUUGAGGGCCCAGGCUCACCCCAGCUGCCCAGGGAAACCCAGGGAACUAGAAGCCUUCAAAGCUGUCUUCCUGAGCAGUUGUCCGGGAGUCCCAGGAAGUCCUGGGGAGAAGGAAACUCCAGGUCCCUAAGGGUGACCUGGACCACCAGGCAAGAUGGAUCCCAAGGGGGAGCCUGGGGAUCAUGAGAGCUGCCAGAAACUGCUGAGUCCCAGUGCUUCCUUGAGUGGUUGGUACCAUUUGUGUCUACCAGCUCUCCCAGUCUUUUGAGACAUGGACACUUCAGGGAGUAGCUGGCUGGUGUUCCGGGCACGACAGGAUGGGUCUGUGGAUUUCCUCCACUCUUGGACCUCCUACAAAGCAGAUUAGAGACAGGAGUCUGAGUUCUGGCUGGAGAAUGAGAAUUUACACGAGCUUACUCUGGAGGGUGAGUUCCCAGCAAGAGGGCCGGGGAAGCCCAAAUCCCUACCAUCCCAGCCUCCUCUUCCGCCCGGUGCCCAGGAAGGGCAGGUAGAGCUAGAAGACUUCGAAGGCACUGGGGACUCUCUGAGCUUCCACAAUGGGAAGGCUUUUACCACCUAUGACGCAGACCAUGACUCAAGCUAGGGCAACUGUGCAGUGGCGGUCCCUGGUGCCUGGUGGUACAGAUCCUGCUACUGAGCCAGUCUUGAGAGGUUCUAUUACUAUGCUGCAUCGGAGGCCACUGCCCACAAGUAUGGCAUCGACUAGGCCUCAGGCAGAGGCAUGGGUCACCCCUACUGCAGGGUUCACAUGAUGCUUCGCUAG